ACUCACUUGUCCACCUCUUUCAUUUCAAUGGCUCCCAACCCUCAGUGCUCCGCCCUCGCUGCCGCCAAGACCCGCUCGGGUCUCUCGUACGGUGACAUCGCCACCAAGAUCGGCAUCCCCGAGCAGCAGGUUAUCAACAUCUGCACCGGCUCGCAGCGCCCCACCACCAACGAAUUUGAUGCCCUUGCUCGUGUCUUGGGAGUGACCGCUUCCUCGGCCCCCCACGACGCCGCGCACGCCACCCAGUGAGCGCCCGUAGAGCAUGUACUCUCCUGUUGUACGAACAAUGUGUAUAAUGAUAACGGACCCGAGAUAAACGCGUGACUGCAAGCCCGAGUCGACAGCCUCGUGUCUUGGGAUGAGUUUGGCGCCGAUCGAGCUCGGCUUUUGUGCAUCUCGGAGAUGACGAGAGGGAGGCUGUACAUGUACGUCGAAAGCUUCUUGAGCGCGGACCAUUUCCUGCUGGUCCGAACUCGGGAGACUCGGGAGAAUCAGGUAUCACGUGUUCGUGUGCCCUGUCAGGUGCUCGACCACUGCAGGCCCGGGCCACCGGUCUACAUUUCACCGGUUCGCGCGCGUACCGAUGUCAUAUCUGGGGCAAGAGCCUUCCCUUGCCUUCUGCUAAACAUCGUAUUUUCGCCCUCCACCCACCCAAGCAUGUCCGACGACUUGUCUGUUCCUUCGCUUUUCAAUGUCAAGGGCAAAACUGUUCUCGUCACGGGCGGCAGCGUCGGUAUCGGCUUCAUGAUGGCCAAAGGCUUUGCGAGCAACGGCGCCAAGGUGUUCAUCGCUGCGCGUAAGGAGGGUCAGCUGAAGGAGGCUGUGAACGAGCUGAAGAAGGUGGCCAGUGCGGGAAUGGAGCCUGAAUAUAUCGUCGCGAAUGUCGCGUCGAAAGCAGGGUGCGAUGCACUCAUCGCCGCUUUCAAAGCGCGCUCCUCGAAGCUGCACGUCCUCAUCAACAACUCGGGGAUCACCUGGGGCGGGCCCUACGAGAACUUUCCCGAAGAGAAGGGGUGGGACAAUAUAUUCAACGUCAACGUCAAGAGCAUCUUCUACAUGACAUCCGGUCUAACGGACUGCCUGACGAAAGACGCGACCUCGACCGAUCCGGGACGCGUUAUCAACAUCUCGUCCGUUGCGUCGCUGGACCCCCACAGCGAGGGUGAACUGAGUGAUGCUGGGAACGGGACGUGGAGCUACCAGCCCAGUAAGGCUGCAGUCAACCACCUGACAUCCGUGCUCGCAGUCAAAUUGGCGUCUCAGCUAGUAACAGUGAACGCCAUUUUGCCGGGUGUGUACCCCAGCAAGAUGACCGCAUUCGGGUUCCGCACGUCGGGCGACAAACUCGUUGCUGGGCAGCCCAUGGGUCGGGUUGGUGCACCAUCUGAUAUUGCUGGCCUGGCGGUGUUCCUGGCUUCGCCGGCUGCAGCACACAUCACUGGCCAGCACAUCGUCACGGACGGUGGAUCGAGGCUGCAGCCGAGAGCAAAGGGCCCUUCUGCGAAACUCUAGGCUUACGAGCAUUCGAUAACAUAGGAUCAAUCCAGUUUGUUAUCUUGUCUCUGCGCGGGGUUACCCGCAGUUUCACACUGAUCUCACGUUUCGCUUCUUGAUCAUCCGAAUCUGCGGCUCAGUCUCACCGCAAUCGUCAAGGAAGUCAGUCAUAGUGCGCUCGGCGUACGAAAGGGCAAUCGGAAACCGGACAUCAUCUUAGCAUGACCGGGCUCAACAGUUUCGGGGUCAAAGGGUGAGACGACUCGGUAGGAUGCGAUAGGAUUGGCUGCUUCACCGGCGCAUCGAGACGAAGGGACAACCUAGCCCAAUCUCUUCAUUGCAUGUUUCAAAAGCAGGAACAAGGGAUUGCUUUCCACGCCGGAUGCAAUGAUCUUUUCGAAUUCUCCCCAUCGGAUUUAUCCCAGUCGUCGACCAGUGCCAUCGCUUGGUCGACAAGAUCGGGGGCUGGAGUAUUUGCCGUCGAACAUCUGAUGGGUGUGGUUGCAUCUCUUGUGAGAAAAGUGAGAGUACACACUCUCUGCACUUUUCUUACCCACUCUGAAAGUAGUCGGUAGGUAAUCUGCAAAGCCGUCGUUUGCUGGAUACGAGGCGUCCACGCAUUCGUAGUCCUCUGGGGCUAUUAAGUCUCCCCCUGCUCGACCCUCGUUUCGAUCCUAUUUUCAAGGCGUAGAUGCUGUGUGCUUGAGAUGAAGGCGUAGCCGGAGACCGCCGCCGUCGGCUCGACAGGUAGAAUCUCGAUCUUCGCCGGCGCGGGCUUCUGGACAGUUAGAACCACCGUCUUCUGGCGUCCCAUCUGUCAGAACUUCCUCUGCGUUCCCAGCAGAAGCGUUGCUAGGGUUCUCAGUCGCUCAUGUCUCUUACGUCUCACAGUUCGUUGGGUGGGCGACCAUGCCUUCCGCGCCGCGUCGGUCCAAUCAGCUCUAAAUACUCAGGUCAACCGCCCAUAUCCACACUCUGGGAAGCAGACACACCGACGGCGAGGCGUCGCGGUCGGUGGAUCGGGUGACCUCUGGAUGCACCGAUCCAGCCCGCCAGGAACUCGUGCAUCAACUGCUAGUUCAUCACUUCUGUCCAUCGCAUGUGGACCAGCGAGCGACAGGACAUCCUGCCGACGAACCAGUCGUUUUUAGUUCGCGCGGAAUCCAGUCGAUUUUGCUGGGAUCCAGGAACGAGGUGUUGGCUCCGAACAAUGGGUCGGUGGAGUACUUAACUAGUGUUUUUGAAUUCGGCAUAGUGUCUGAGUGCUUGGCUAAACGAUGAUUCGGAUACUUGGCCUUUGACAUCCUGGACCGAAAAUCAAUCAGCGGUCAACAAAAGACAGCACCUGUGAUUUAAACGGCAUGGACGGCCCAGCCUGUAAGCUUUCAGCGAGCAGGCACGAUCACGUGAUCCAGUGGCGCGUAUGUUUGAUUCGUUGAGACGCACGUAGGAUUGUAAUCCCUUCAAAUUUUC